CAAAGACCAUGAGCAGUUGGGACAAUGUUGGUGAGGGUUCGAAGCAAACACCCCCGGUCUUCAGUGUCCCCUUGGAUUUUCAUCCAGUGAACUAAGACAGUUCACGUCAUGGGAAGGUAGGCUCGGCCGACUGAGUAGAAGACCAAUAAAUGUUUUGGCAAAAUUUAGCAACUCACAUCUCGCUCUACCCUUUAAUUAUUAUGCCGUGAUCGUCAGUCAUGCAAUAUCGCUAUUAUAUAGACUAGUCACACUGUCUUUAAACAUACAUACAUACAUACUGAGGUUUCUCUUCUUACAGGAUCAGCUUCUCAUGCCUCCCAGCCUCCUGGCAUUUCAGCCUGUCGCCCCUGGUUCUACCCCGGUUCCUGCUACCUUCAUUCAGGCAGCUGCUGCUCUUUGGUCUGCUGGUGGGACUGCUAGGACUGAUUUACCUGUUGCUGGUAACAGGAAAGGGCCAGGACAGCUGGAUCAGAAAGGACAACUAUUUCCACAGGUGAGACACUAGUACCACAUUAGAAGAGAGCCACCCCCCCCCCCCCCCCCCCCCCCAAAAAAAAAGUUGUUUGUAGAGGACACAUGCAGUGAAUGCCUUUUAUUUAUCGUUAUGUAUUCCUGUAAAGACAUGGAAGUUCAUUUUUGGCCUAAAAUGUUCAUCUUUUCACCCAGACACUUGGCGAGGGUCACAGAUGUGGAGGCCACAGACACCAGCAAUCCCAACCUAAACUACGGUCUGGUGGUGGACUGCGGCAGCAGUGGCUCCAGGGUGUUUGUGUACUGUUGGCCCCGGCACAAUGGCAAUCCCCAUGACCUGCUCGACAUCCAGCAGAUGAGAGAUCAGCACAGGAAACCAGUGGUCAUGAAGAUCAAACCAGGUGAGGAAUACCUGGUUGCUGAUGACUGGUGUGCUGCUGGGAAUAGUGUAGAAGACAUUGGCUUCUAGUUUAAAGAACUAAUCCAUUCCAUCCAAGAAAGACUGAGCCAUGGUCUUAUGACUUUCUGGUGUUAUUUUUUAAAGGUAUCGCAGAGCUAGCAAAAACACCAGAGAAGGCCAGUGAUUACAUCCACCCCCUGCUGAGCUUCGCUGCCCAGCACGUUCCCAAACACAAGCACCAGGAGACCCCUCUGUACAUCCUGUGCACUGCUGGAAUGAGGGUGCUGCCUGACGGGUACAGUUACCCACCACACCUGAGAGUAUUUCUCAUCUUGAGAUGGAAGCUGCAAUUAUUAUUUAUUUUUUUACCACUGUAACCAUGCUGAAAUUGGCUUGUAUACUCUUUUUCAGUCAACAGGAAGCGCUUCUUGAGGAUCUACGGACUGACAUCCCUGUCCGUUUCAACUUCCUCUUCUCUGAUUCCCAUGUGGAGGUCAUUUCUGGCAAGCAGGAAGGUGAGCUAACCUGUUUAUAGAAGCUGGCAAGCUAAACACUGGCCAUUCUGAUGGAGGAUGUCACCAUGCUCAGUGUUGAAAAUCUGUAACAUAACAGUAGAAAUUCUGGAAUAUAUGACCGGGCUCUACAGUGCAACCAUUUUGCUGUGUGACCUAGAAUUUUAAUUAAGAAUUCUAGCUUUAUUAGCUCAAAUAUUUUUAAUUGUGCCCCUAAAUUUCUUUGUGUGUACCUACAAUUUUCAAUUUAGGCGCACAAAUGCUCCUUGUACAUUUGUUUUUUUUUUAAGUCAGCGUAGAGCCCUGUAUGAGUUGUCAUUUCUUGUGUUUGAACAGGUGUGUAUGCAUGGAUUGGAAUCAACUUUGUCCUUGGAAAGUUUAAUCAUGUGGAUAGUGGUAAGUAUCUAAAGAACUUUCCUUGAGAUCUGCAUAUCUUCACAUUGAAUAAUUUAAUUCCUUCUUUCCCUUGUUUUACUUACGUCUGACACUCCUCUUUAUUUGUCUCCCGUCCCCUUCUUCAAUGGGACCUUCGGCUCUUCUUCAUUCCUUCCUAUAGAGAGGGAUGCAGUAGUAGAGGUGCAGGUCCCUGGAGGUGACCAGCAGGAGGCGCUGGUGAGGAUGCAGACCACCGGUGUUCUGGACAUGGGCGGUGUCUCCACACAGAUAGCGUACGAAGUGCCCAAAACUGUAAGCUUUGCUUCUCCACAACAGGUUAUUAUAAACAACAAUUUCACUUUUUUGUGGUUUUGUCACUCACCCAUUUUCUCUUCACCCCAACCACUCUCAUUCCCUGGUUAAACCUGUAAACAUCAUGUUUGUCCUCUGGAGAUGAAGUCCUCUACAUUCAGGGUGGACUAUUGGAGGUCUGCUGUAAAGAUAAGCCUGCUGCAUGGCUUCAUAACAGGAUUUGGGCUUUAUCAUUAACAUACUAGCCAGAAUGUGUUACUUUGAAACUUGAAUGAAUAUCAACGAUAAUGCAUAAGAGCCAUCAUGCAAAACAUCCAUGACCGGUUUAUGUCUAUGGUUUUUAAUUUACUCUGACAAUUUGUAUGCUCUCCUUCUCUUCUCAUUGUUUUUGCUCUCCACUGAACGUAAUUCACCUGCAGCUUUUGCUAUAUGCGGAACUGUCUUGAUCCAAGUUUCUUUAAGUAAAUGAUGGUUACAGUGCAUUCUGAAAGUAUUCAGACCCCUUGACUUUUUCCACAUUUUGUUAUAGCCUUAUUCUAAAAUUGAUGAGAUUGAAAAAACAAUCUAUACACAAUACCCCAUAAUGACGAAGCAAAAACAGGUUUUUAGAAAUUGUUGCAAAUGUAUUAAAAAAGAAACUGAUCACAUUUACAUAAGUAAUUCAGACCCUUUACUCAGCACUUUGUUGAAGCACCUUUGGCAGAAAUUACAGCCUUGUGUCUUCUUGGGUAUGACGCUACAAGCUUGGCACAUCGGUAUUUGGGGAAUUUCUCCUAUUCUUCUCUGCAGAUCCUCUCAAGCUCUUUCAGGUUGGAUUGGGAGCUAUUUUCAGGUCUCUCCAGAGAAGUUCGAUCGGUUUCAAGUCCGGGCUUUGGCUGGGCCACUCAACGACAUUCAGAGACUUGUCCCGAAGCCACUCCUGUGUUGUCUUAGCUGUGUGCUUAGGGUCGUUGUCCUGUUGGAAGGUGAACCUUCACGCCAGUCUGAGGUCCUGAGUGCUCUGGAGCAGGUUUUCAUCAAGGAUCUCUCUAUACUUUGCUCCGUUCAUCUUUCCCUCAAUCCUGACUAGUCUCCCAGUCCCUGUCGCUGAAAAAUAUUCACAAAGCAUGAUGCUGCCACCACCAUGCUUCACCGUAGGGAUGGUGCCCGGUUUCCUCCAGACGUGACGCUUGGCAUUCAGGCCAAAGAGUUCAAUCUUGGUUUCAUCAGACCAGAGACUCCUUUAGGUGCCUUUUGGCAAACUCCAAGCCGGCUGUCAUGUGCCUUUUACUGAGGAGUGGCUUGGUGGUCUGAAUACUUUUCGAAUACACUGCAUAUAUGUAGCCUUACUAUAAUCAAUUAAUAUGUUGGAUAUUAGUGUAGACUUAGUCCUAGAUAAUAGAGAGAGAACCAUUUCCUGGCUGAUAUUGAAUGUUAUAUUUUUUUUGUAGGAGGAAGUGGCCAAAAAUUUGCUUGCGGAAUUCAACCUGGGUUGCGAUGCCCACCGGACAGAGCAUGUCUACCGGGUCUAUGUGUCCACCUUCCUGGGCUUUGGAGGCAAUGCUGCACGACAAAGAUACGAGGAGAGCAUUGUCAUGAACACUCUCACUAAAAACAAGUAAGAACCUUCAACACAUGCUAUGAUAGCUAAUUUUGAUACUGAUAGAGUGUACUAGUUUGACAUUGUUCAGUGCUGCUGUUGCUUGUCUUUAUGGAGAACUCAUUUGAGUUGGUUUGUCCAGGCUCCUGGGUCAGCAUGUAGGUGAAACAGGAGAGUCCCCCCUCCUGGACCCAUGUCUACCUUCAGACCUGCAGGACGAGGUGGGGCCAGCAACACAGAAACUCCACCUGCGUGGCACAGGGGACUUUGAUCACUGCAGACAGCUUCUUCAGCCCUUCCUCAACCACACCAACGAGACUCACUCCUCCCUCAAUGGCAUCUACCAGCCUCCCAUUGACUACCCCAACAGCCAUUUCUAUGGGUUCUCUGAGUUCUACUACUGCACAGAGGAUGUGUUGCGCAUGGGCGGGGAUUUUAACUCCUCAAAGUAUGCCAGUGCUGCCAAGGUGAGCCCUUACUACAGCAAAGCAGCACGUCUUCAAUGUAGAUUGCAGUCCUCUAACUGCAUGUAAAAUGCAUGUAUUUCACCAAAGCUUAGGCUAAUUGAAGUUAGAUGGUGGCUGUGUUUACCUAUUUACUUUGUGCUUCAUCUGCAGAGUUACUGCGCCACCCAGUGGAGAACUCUGAAAGAGCGAUUUGACUCAGGCUUGUAUGCCUCUCAUGCUGAUGUUCACAGGCUCAAGUAAGCCCCACCACUGGCUCUUGCUAUUUUAGUAAGACUUGAGUCCAGUAAUGGUAAAGGGUUGUCAGGGAGAUUUCAUGUUAACAUUUAUGUAUUGUGUGCAGGUACCAGUGUUUUAAAUCAGCCUGGAUGUAUGAGGUAUUCCACACAGGCUUCUCCUUCCCUACGGACUACAAAAACCUGAGGAAUGCCCUUUUGGUCUAUGAUAAAGAGGUACAAUGGACUCUUGGAGCCAUCCUUUACAGAACGCGCUUUUUGCCUUUGAGGUAAGAGAGCUCUUGCUUUGUCACACUUCAUUAUGCUUGUACAUUGUGAUAACCUAAUCAGCUAAAAUAUUGGUUAUGAAAAAUUGAAAAAUAGUUAAUGUCCUUCACUCACACUAUUUUACAUUCCUCUCCAAGGGAUAUUCAGCAGGAGAGCCUGAAAGGAGUCCACUCCCACUGGCGUCACAGCUUCUCCUUUGUCAACAACCACUACUUGUUCCUGGCCUGCUUCCUGGUUGUCCUCCUGUCCAUCCUGCUCUACUUGCUGCGCCUCCGACGUAUCCACAGCUGUACCACGCAGCGCUGCACCCCCUCUACUGUUGAGUGGCUAGAGGAGGGUCUCCGAUCCCACCCACUCCCUAUCACCCUCUAGACUUCACAUCUGUCACUCCAAAAUCAGUCUUAUUUUCUCCAGCUGGAGUCCAUUUGCCUGCGCCUUUAUGUUAAGGCCUUCAUUUGUUAGCUGGAAAUGACAAAGAAGACUAAAACUGAGUUGGAUUUUGAAUGAGUCCAAUGAACAGAGACGUCAGACAGCACUGGGAUGGACUCUGGUGUGGGAGAUCUUGUUAAUUUAUUUUUUAU